ACAAUUCUUUAUCAAUGGUCAGAACUGUUUAUAACAAUGACCGGAUUCCUAAAGCUAUUGGUCUUAUUAUGUGCUGUUUCAAAGCUGAGUGCGCAAAUUUUAGAUCGUGCUGAAGAACAGGAAAAUAUGGAAAGAAACCUGGAUGUAAUUUUUAAUUCCAAUAAAUUGGGAAAUGAGCCUUUGAAACCCAGGCCAGGCUGUGGAAUUCGCAAUGUUCCUGGCUUGGAGUGGAAUGCGAAUAUUGAUAUCACAAACUAUGAAUCCAAUUUUGGUGAAUUUCCCUGGACAGUGGCUGUCCUGAAGUCUGGUAACUAUUCCUUUGUCGGCACACUUAUACAUCCCCGGGUGGUUUUGACUGCUGCUAACCGGGUUGAAAAUGGUGAAACCUAUACGGUUCGUGCUGGAGAAUGGAACAUUAAAUCCCCUGAUGAGCGUCUUAAGCCGAAAGAAAUAGAGGUGCAAAGUGUUAUAAAGCAUCCCGCAUUCAGAAUGGACAAUUUUCAAAAUGACGUGGCACUUUUAAUCCUCCAGCAAUGGUUCGAACUGGACGCACAUAUCAAUGUGAUAUGUCUACCUGAUCACGGAGCUAAUCCACCACGCAAAUCAGAGUGCUAUGCCAAUGGAUGGGGCAAGGAUGGCUUCAGAGACUUGGGCCAAUCUAUCGCAAUAAUGAAACGGGUGCCAUUUCAUGUUGUGGGGUUUAGUGAGUGUCGGGAUCGCAUCCUAAAAGACGCCAGCGAUUGUAGACCUGAGUUUUGUCUGAGCAGAUCCACCUUAUGCGCCGAAGGCCAGAUAUCCGUCGAUAUGUGUCAUGGUGAUGGUGGCGGACCACUGGCCUGCCCCAUUGGAGAUCGCUACCAACUUAGUGGCGUUAUGUCUUUCGGAAUCAAAUGCAACGGGAUUGGAUCGGGCUAUGCCAACGUGGCCUUGGUGCGGAAUUGGAUUGACCAGGAACUUACGGCCAUUGGGCUCGAUAUAUCUUACUAUUCCGCCGAAUCAAGCUUGCUUACAAUUUAA